GUCAACCAGCGCUGCAGCCAGGUGGCGCUGGCGGUGGAGGGCCUGCCCCUUGACGAGCUGGAGCUGGGCUCCCUGCGCGGCCGCCUCACCGCCGCAGCGCUGGACGUCGACCUGGGCGCCCGCCAGGGCCGCGCCUCCCUGUCGGUCGCGGCCCCGCGCUUCAGCGGGCUGCGGGGCAGUGCCUUCUCCGCGGCGGCGCGCUGGGAGCGUGACGUGGUGCUGCUGGAGCGCGCGGCGCUGAGUCAGCAGGCCAGCCGCUACGAGCUACAGGCAGAGUACGUGCUGCCCCCCGGGCUGCAGCUGCCCGACAGCUUUGCGCCCCCGCCGCAGCCCCCACCGCACGCGCACCCCGAUGCGGCGGGGGCACGCGGCGGCGGCGGCGAGCGGGGUGCCUCCGAAGGGGCCAGCGUCGGGGCGGCGGCCGCGGCGGUCGAGGAGGAGGAGGGCCGCUGGCGCGUUGUGCUGAGCGUGCCGGGCGCGCGCAUAGAGGAGCUGCUGCCGGCAGGGCAGCUGCUGCAGCAGGCGACGCGGCGCGCGGCGGCGCUGGACCCGUUUGCUGCGAAGCGGCGCUUCCUGUCGGGCCUGGCCGCGGCCGUGUGCACCGCGGGCCGCGAGUUCCGCGCGCAGGUGGACGCCCUCGUGGCCGCAGAGGCCGCCGCCCCGGCCGGCGCCGACGGCGCCGCCGCGGCCGCCGCCGCCGAGGCCGUCGCGGCGCUCAGCGGCGCGCUGCCCGGGCUCCAGGAGCUGCGCGGCGGGUGGGAGGGGUCGGUCACCGCGGUGGGCGGCGGCGGCGCGCAGCCGCGUGUUGAGUUUGACGUCAAGGGUGGUGACUGGCGGUGGGGUGACUACACCCUGGACGCCCUGGCGCUGCGCGGCGUGGCUCACGGCUCCGAGGGGCUGUCCCUUGAAGAGCUGCGCCUGGCCAGCGGCGGCGCCACGCUGGCGGCGGGCGGGCAGCUGCUGGGGCCGCGGCAGGACGCGAGCAUCGAGGUGGACGACCUGCCGGCGGCGCUGCUGGCGCCGCUGUACAGGGCGCUGCCCGCACUGCAGCAUGCCGCCCCCGCGGUGGACGCGCGCGACAGCCUGCUGGGUGGAGGUGGCGUGAUGCACCAGCUGGGGCUGGCAUCCCUGGGGGCGCGGCUGGAGCAGCGGCUGGCCUCCCUGGGCAUACGGCUGCCGGGGCCCAGGACCGGCCAGGAGGACCCCUUGGCCCCCUUCAUGGGCUCCCCCAUCAGCGGCCUGCUCUACCUGCGGGGCGCACUGGGCGGCAGCCUCGACGCCCCCAGCGGCGCCGUCUCCCUGCGCCUCAUGGACGGCGCCGUCGGCCGCGCGCGCCUCGCGCGCGCGGUGGCCAGCUGUGCGCUGUCCCCGGAUCAGGUGCUGUCUGUCGACGUCGACGUGGCGCCCGCAGAGGGGUCGGGGGGCGUGCGGCUCGGCGGCACGAUCCCGUUGCCCAAGGCAGUCGCCUCUGCUGCCGCAGCCGCAGACAGCAAGGCUGCUGCGACGCAGCAGCAGCAGCAGCAGCAGCAGCAGCAGCAGCAGCAGCAGCAGCAGCAGCAGCAGCAGCAUGGCCAAGGUGGUACUCGUUCGCAACAACCACAACCGCAGCAGCAACAGCAGCAGCAGCAAGCGGAGUUUGCGACGGCAUCCACGACACGAUCGGCCCCGCAAGCAGCAGGCGACCAGCAUCAGCUGGGGGCUGCGGGGCUGCAGCCCGGCCCUGGCGAGGGCGUGGACCUGUCGCUGAGUGUCAAGGACGGCGGCGUGGACCUGGUGGGCAGCCUGGUCCCGGGCUUCAGGUGGGAGGGCGGCUCCGCCAACAUCACCCUGCGCGUCGCGGGCCCCCUGGCGGCGCCGCGCUUCACGGGCGGUGCGAGCCUGUCACGCGGCGUCGUGGCGCUCGACGGCGUCCUGCGCGCGCCGCUGACCGGCAUCAGCGGCUCCCUGGACAUGGAUGGCGCAGUGCUGCGCGCGCGCGGCCUCGAGGCCCGCAGCGGCCGCACCGGCGGCAUCAAGCUGCACGGCGCCAUCCCGCUGCGCCCCGUGCUCCCCGGUGCCGCCGCGGCCGGGGCCGCGGGCGCGGGGCCGCACCCUUCAGAGGGCCUCACGGCGGAGGCGUCGGGGCUGGAGCUGCGCGUGCGCAACGCGUACAGCGGCCUGCUGGACGCGACGGUGCACGUCAACGGCAGCCUGGCGGCCCCUGUGGUGGGGGGCGAGCUCAAGCUGUCGCGCGGCACUGUGUACCUGGUGGGGCAGGCCGGCGCAGGCGGUGGCGGCGGCGGCGGCGGCAGCGGAGGGGGCGGCGCGCUAGCAGGAGUGGCUGCGCCUGACGCUGUAAUGGGCGCGAGCGGGCGUGGCGGCGAUGAGGACCUGGUGUCGCGCGCGUUUGCAGCCCUCAAGGCGGGGCGGCGGCGUGCGCAGGAUCAAGCCGCUUCUGCGCUGGACCCCCUCGGCGCGUCUGCGGCGCAGCUGCUGCUGCCACUGGCGCAGGAUUACGACGCAGACCAACAGCAGCAGCAGCAACAGCAGCAACAGCAGCAACAGGAGGAGGACGCCGAUGCCGCGCGCCAGGCGGCCGAGGGCGGCGGCGGCGACGGGGAGGCCGCGCCCGACCUGUUGCUGAGCGGCCUGGCCGUCAGCCUGGGCCCUGAGCUGCGUGCGUUCUUCCCCGUCGUCCUCAACGUGGGCGUCAGCGGUCGCCUCGCAGUCAGCGGCCGCCCCGCGGAGCCCGGCGGCCUGGGCGUGUCGGGCGUGGUGCGGCUGGACAACGGCGCGCUCAACCUCGUGGCCACCCAGUUUGCCAUCGAGCGGGGCCACCCCAACACGCUGACGUUCACGCCGGAGGCGGGCCUGGACCCGGCCCUGGACAUCGCCCUCACCAGCCAGGAGCUGCGCGCCCUCAUACAGGGCCGCGCCUCAAGCUGGCACGAGCACGUCACGCUCACCUAUGGCUCCGCGGGCGGUCCCGGCGCGCCCGGCGGCGCGAGCGUCGGCGUGGGCGCGCCGGGCGGCGCAGCGGCGGCGGAGGCCGGCGACGUGCUGGGCGCGAGCGAGGUGGCGCGGCUGUUUGAGGGGCGGCUGGCCAACGUGCUGCUCGCGGAUGACGGCAGCCUGUCCCUGGCCGCACUGGCCUCCAGCACCAUUAGCAGCCUGCUGCCCAAGAUCGAGUCGCAGGGCGCCAUCGGCCGCGCGCGCUGGCGGCUGGUGUCGGCGCCAUCGCUGCCCAGCCUGCUGGCCGCACCGGACGGCGGCGCGGGUGGCGGGACGGCGUGGCUGCGCAGCCUGGCGCUAGGCACAGAGGUGGAGCUGGCGCUUGGGCGGCGGCUGGUCGCGGCGCUGUCGCACACGACGCAGCGGCCGGACGAUGCGCUGGAGAUGCGCGUCUCCCUGGCCCUGACGCGGCAGCUGCGGCUGCUGAUGCUGCACAACGCGGGCGCUGCGCGCACGGCGAGCGUGCUCCUGCAGUUCUCCAGCUCGCCCGCCAAUUCGGGCGGGUGA